UUACUAUAUCAUAUCAGUCCUCAGUCUUCAUCUUCACCUUCCGGCCUUAACCAUUAUCUAUGGCUUCUUCCCCAUCUUUCAUCGCCGCCAUUUUUCUGUUCUUCUCCCCAUUUCUGCAGCUCGCAAAAUCUCACGAAAAUGUCUGCAGAAAAUGGUGUGGAGACAUUCCUAUUCAGUACCCUUUGGGCAUCGACGACGGCUGCGGCAGCCCAUACUACCGCCACAUUAUCACCUGCACCGCCGGCGACCUGCAGCUCCGGACACCGUCCGGGAGGUACCCGAUAAAGAACGUGAGCUAUUCCGACCCGCACAUUCUGGUAACUGAUCCGUUCAUGUGGAGCUGCGAGGACGGCGAGGAUUUCAGGCCGACGAGGCCGUUCAGCCUGGACACGAGCACCCACUUGAGCCUCUCGCCGCAGAACGAUUAUCUGUUCUUCAACUGCAGCGGCGAGAAGGUGAUCGUGGAGCCGAAGCCGGCGUUCUGCGAGCGCUUCCCGGAGCAGUGCGACUCGACGUGCGACAGCGCCAGUUUCCUGUGCCGCCACCUGCCGGAGUGCCCCUCCGCCCUGCGCGGCGGCAGCUCCUGCUGCUCGUACUACCCCAAGGCGGCGGAGUCGCUGAGGCUGAUGCUGCGCCACUGCGCGUCGUACACGGGGGUGUACUGGCGGAACCUGGACGCCACGCCGGCGUUUAACCAGGUGCCGGAGUACGGCGUCCGGGUGGACUUCGAUAUUCCGGUGACGGCGAAGUGCUUGGAGUGCCAAGAUGUUACUAAGGGCGGCGGGACGUGUGGGUUUGAUAUUGAGACGCAGGAUUUCUUGUGUAUUUGUGACAAAGGCAACAGCACCACUAAUUGCUUUGAUACUCGGCACAAGAUGUCCAAAGUAGUAGCAGCUACAGCAGUAUCAGUGGCAGGGGCAAUUGGAUUAGGAGCAGGAGUUUGGUACCUAAGAAGAGUGAGAGCAAAAGCUCCCGUCACACAUGGUGUUCAGACAAACGAUAAUCGACUUUUUUAAUAUGGACUUUUUUUCUUUAACUUCCUUUUUAAGGUAUCAAGUCUCUUACGCUCGUGAACAUUGUUGAGGUUGACAAGCCGUCAAUCCCGGAGUGGUUUAGUUCUUCUCUUGUAGUUAUUUUUUACUCUUUUCUUGUAUCAAUAAAAUAAAAAAAAAAAUUAAAAAAAAUUAAAAAAAAAAAAAAAAAAAAACUUUUGCCCAAUUAAUGGGAUUACACUAUUUUGUAAUCUUAUUUUGUCCCCCUACUUUUUACUCUCUUUUUUUACAUUUUAUUUUUAUUGAUAAUAUAUAGACCACAUUUUGCACUUCAGUUAGAUAUAUGCAUUGCUUGCAUGACA